AGUGUCAGUCAGUCAGUGUAUGAAAACAAAAUUUUAGGCCGAGAGAUAUUAGAUUUUAGUUGUUUUUAUAAUGAAAUAAACAUAUUCCGGCCUCAUUUUUUGUGAAACAUUAAUUGUUACAAUACUCAUUUGUGUAGAAUGUAUUCCACGAUGAAUGGAUUGUAUUCUGAAGGCCCAUACAGGUUAGACUUUUCGAUCGUAUUUUUUGCAAUGCUUAUUUUUUUCUCUUUUCGUCUUAUUUGUACGAAACAGCAACCCAGAAAUAUAUUUUUAAUAUGUUAUUUAUGCAUAGAUUCAAUGUUAAUUUGUCAACCCGUUGUAUUACGUUUAAUUUUUAUAAGUAUACGGUUGAAGUGAUUUCACUUCGAUUUCACUAACGGUAUUCGAUUUCGAAUGUAAAUGUGGUUAUUAUUAUUAUUAUUCUAAUUUCGUUAUUCAUAGUUUUCUUUGAAUAAAAUUGUAUUCAAAGAAAAUGAUGGUGUCUUCCACUUAUAUUAAACAUGUUUUACACACCUAAAAUUUAUUAUAGCAUGUGCUUAGAAGUAUUUAUUUACAGUUAGUUUUAUUCAUAAAAGUUAUAAAACAUUAAAUCGCAAUUAUAAGUAAGGUGGCUAAAUACCCCAUCCUCAGACUGGUUGGGUAGAAUCCUCUGAACCUGGCCUCUGGGAGCUUCUGAGGUUCCUACGGCACCACAAUUUGAUUUGUAGUUGUGCUGGCUUCUGCCUAAAGCUGGCAGUAUUAGAUUAAUUCCCAUAAAUAUUUUUUUAUUCUAUUUUUUACUAUAGCUCAGGCAUUUGUCCCGCCACAGAAGAGGAAGCAAUUAGCUCUCUACUAUGAGAACAUAGCUCAAAAAACGAACAAUAGAUAUAGAUCCCGUGUUAAUAAAAGAGAUAUGUAUAUUAAUAGUUGAUCACUGACUGUUCACACAGCUGACGAGAAAUCUUUCUUCAUUAGUUUAUAGCAGUGACAAGAGUUAUCAAAGAAAAACUUGCCUUGGGAUGCUUGCUUGGUGGUCAGGACACACACCGAAGGGCCAACCAGCAGUGAUUUUACUCUACAGUGGGGAUCUGGGUGCACUCACUUACAGCCUAGUGGCAAAACUAUCACAACUACACACUCGCUGCUCACCAACAAUUAUCCAGUUCCUAGCUAUAUUUGCUUCUUGUUUGUUUUUGUGACAAAAUUAUUCUUUUAUGCACUCCCUGCUACAAAUAACUAAGUUGACAAUGAUAGGUCAUUGCUUUAUGCUUUAUACAUACACAACCAAAACGACAAUAGGGUGCAGAAAUAUUGACAAUAGCUCUGUUUCCUUAGCAAAUUCGGAGCAACCAAAUUUCAGGGAAAUUUUAUUUGCUUUAGUAUAUUCUCUGGGUUUUAAUAUUUGUUGCAGUUUUACACAAUUUAAUUCAUAAAAUAAAGGCAAGCCAGAGUUUCACAAUAAAAUUCUUAGUAUUCUUAGCAAAUCUUAAACAGGCAUAGCUUUUAGGAAAGCACCAUCUGUGUGACGUAAAAUUAUCAACUUAAAAUAUGUGCUUCUACUUUUGUUAAGCACUUUUCUGUUGUUGCAUACUCCAAAGGGUAAAUUGGAGCCUUAUUGUGAUAGUGACAUUACACUGCCAUCUGUCUAUUUGUGUUUGUUUGUUUGUCUGUCAGUCUGUUCAUCCAUAUGUCACGGAUUCCUAGUUUUAAAUGAUAUGAGUUAAUGACCUGAAAUUUGGGCAGUUGGUAUAGCAUGUUAGCCAUAAACAAAUACAAAAUUUUCAAUUUAAUGAAAUUAUUUUUCAGGAUUGUCUCCAAAAGCAAAAAGGAGGGGAAUUAUUUUUUUUCCUACCCUAGCUCGUGGGGUGUUACCCAGUGCUAGUUAUUAAAACAUAAAAAUCAAAAAUGCUUAAGGUGCUAACCUUAGAGCAUUUUACUCUACUGUCUGGCAAGGGGCAUUGUGUUCCAACAUUGCAAUAAUGAAUAAAAUGAAUAAAUGAACUAAAAUUCAGAAUUAAUAACAAAUUUCUGGAAGUUUUAUUAAUAACACCAUUAGUAUUUUAAAAUUCGUCAGAUUUUGCACUUAUUCCGUUUAGCCACCCAGAAUAGCCACACUAAGGUAAAGCCCGGAAAUGUAUGUUUGUGUAUCCCUCUUCAGACUGAUUUUUUCCCUCAACUAUGUAUAGACUGGUCUAAUGUCCAAACAAUCUUUUUGGAAUGAUGAUAAUAACAUAGGGGCUUUUUGAAAAUAAUAUAAAAAGAGUUGACUUAUGGACUAAGAUUUUGUGGCUAUUUGUAAUUCUUGUGAAGUAUGUCACAGGACUACAAAUUCUUUAGAAUUUUGGCAUGAAACAAUUGCUAAUGAACUUCAAGUCAAACAUCCAAUCUUAGUAAAUUUGCAAAAAAGCUCUCAGUUUUUCGCUAACACAUCGGUUAUAGAAAACAAUUUUAAAAAAGGGUUAGAAAUUUAUAUUUAUAAAGACACAUUUAUCCUUGAAACCCAAAUAGAUAUAUUAGAUAAAAUAUUUAACAAUGCAGCACAACAGAUGUUAAUGUGAAAGAAGAGAGAGAUAAGUGUCAGGAUCAUGCCAAAUGGAAGUUAAUAAAUAGUCUCUGCCUAUCCCUUUGGGUGACAGGUGGAGAACUUAUGUUUCAUUCGUUUAACAAUGAUAAUUUAAGUUUAACAAUACUAUUUAUAAUAUAGAAUGAUUCAAUUUCAUUUCAAUAUAAUAUUAAGGUUUUAGUUUAAGUUUGUCAUUUCAAAAUGUGUAGUUUCUGUCUAAAUAAAUAAUAGUCUAUUACUUACAUUUUUUAUGUAUCAUUUUAUCCAUUACUUACAUUAUUUAUUUAUAUACCUUAUAUUUUAUCAUAAUUGGUCUUUAAAAAUCGAAUAACUGUAUUGAAUUCUGUUAUUCCACCCCUUCUGGGUUGGAUACAGCACCACAUGAUUCCGAGAAUACACCUUAAGGUGUAAGGUGUAAGGUUUUGGGUGCUUAAACAGAAUAAGUAGAAUUUUCAGAGAUUUAAAUUACUGCAAUUAUUGAAUAAAAUCAACUUUUUUUUUCAUUAAAGAAAUCUUUUUGCUUUUUUAGGCCAUCUAUGUCCCAGGGUACAGUAGUCCACAGUCAUCGUUUUCAAGAGAAAGAUUUCACAGUUGCAACACCAGAAGAGUUUGUCAGGAGAUUCCAGGGCACCAAACCCAUUAAUAAGGUGCUGAUUGCGAACAACGGUAUUGGCGCAGUGAAAUGUAUGCGUUCAAUCCGAAGAUGGUCUUACGAGAUGUUCAAGAACGAACGCGCUGUGCGUUUCGUUGUCAUGGUAGGUUAUUUUUAAUCUUCAUUAAAUAAACUAUGUAGUUGCAGUGUAAGAGAAUCAAUUACCCCAUAUCAUCUCUGGAUGUUGUGAUACAUAGGCUGCACUAAAAGUAAAUCGGUAAUGGAAUAUUUCCACUGUUCCUGUCAUAUUAAAAUCUUUUUAAUUGUAAACUCCUUGGUUUUAAAAAUCGAAUACCAUUUAUUUAUUUAAAAAAAGAUUCUCGGUCUUGUCACAAGGUUUUGUCAAACUUGUUUAGUCGUUGAGAAAAUGGAAUUGACUCGAGAAAUUCAAGAGCGAUGAUUUAUUAUGACUCGAAGUGUUUUAACACAAAAACAGUGUGUUGACCGGAUGAUUUCUGCAUUUGGUGAUGAAGCCCCAUCCAAAACCACAAUUUAUGGCUGGUUUGCUGAAUUUCAACAUGGACGUGUCAAGCUCAGUGAUGAUCCCCGUCAAGGUCGUCCAAAAACUGCAGUCACCCAAGAAAACGUUGAUGCUGUGCGUAAGCUGAUUGAGGAAGAUCGACAUGUGACAUACCGCGAAAUUCAGGCAACUUUAGAUAUUGGCAUGAGUCAAAUACAAAUAAUCUUGCAUGAACAAUUAGGUGUAAAAAAGUUGUUUUCUCGAUGGAUACCGCAUUCGCUCUGUGAAGAGCAAAAAGCGGCUCGCUUUACUUGGUGCGUCAGAACUCUCGAAAGAUUCCACGCAGGAUCCUCAAAUGCUGUAUACAACAUCGUAUCAGGUGAAGAAUCCUGGUGAAUCCUGGAAAAUGAGUUAAAGCCAACAAAAAUUGUUCGUUCACGGAGUGUUGCAAAAAAAAUGGUGGCCACCCGGCCAUGUUACGACUAUUCCUCUUGAGGGACAAAGAACGGUUAAUGCAGAAUGGUAUGCUAGCAUUUGUUUGCCACAGGUCGUUUCUGAACUCAGUAAAGAGAACUGCAACCGCCGCAUCAUCCUCCAUCACGACAAUGCGAGUUCUCACACCGCACAUAGAACAAAAGAGUUUUUAGAGCAAGAAAACAUAGAAUUAUUAGACCAUCCGCCGUACAGCCCCGACCUAAGCCCUAAUGAUUUCUAUACUUUCCCUAAAAUAAAGAAUAAAUUGCGUGUCGUGCUGUGGACGCCUACAAAACGGCCAUUUUGGAGACCCCAACUUCCGAAUGGAAUGGUUGCUUCAAUGAUUGGUUCCAUCGUAUGGAAAAAUGUGUCAAAUUUCGCGGAGAAUACUUCGAAAAGCAAUAAAUACAUUUUUCAAUGGUAAUGUUGUGUCACUUCCUUGAUUCCCGAAAUUUUCAGUGCCGCCCUCGUACGCGACAGAAAGGAAUCAAACAGGAAAUGGGCAGUAGUAUCUUCCUGAUAACAAUU